UGUCAACAAAACAUGGCUGCUCUAAAAAAUAUUUUUGGAAAGGAAGGCGCCGAUAGUGUUAGGACCACCGCCAAAUAUUCCAAGUUGACGCAAGAUUUAAGUGACAAUGAAGCAGAAGACGACGAGGUAUACAGUGCUGUCACUAAUGGUGCUGGAAAAACGAAAACUAGAAAUGGCAGACAAAAAGGAGAGUCAAUUGAAAUGACAAUUUUAGAAACUACGAGAGAUGUAAAUAAAACGAAAGUGAGAAUCUCAGGAAAAUCAAAAUGCACUAUUGCUUGGUUCAUUGUUCCUUUGGUUAUAGCUUUGGUGAUUGGGGUUGGAUUUGGGACGUACCCCCUAUUGAAAAAGCAUGGUUUCUUUGGUGGUAGCACGCAUGAUAGACCAGUAAGGACACAGAAUUGGAUACGAGAAUUCGAUAAUAUUGGAACAGAAUCGUGUGUGCGUCUAUAUGAUGUCAACAAGGACGGAAAAGAUGACAUACUUCUUGGAAUUACAGAGGGCGUCCAUAUGCAAGAAUAUGAUCCAGAACUGGGCCCUGAUUAUAUUUGUAAGAAGAUAGGUUCAAAGAGCCCUUGUUUGGGGGCAGUAAUUGCACUAAGAGGCUUUGACGGGAAGCCACUAUGGAGAGUCAAUACGACGUUUGAGCCAUUUGAGAUCAAUUGUAGCAUAGAUGACUUCAAUGGAGAUGGCCAUCUCGAUUGUAUAGCAUCAGGUCGUAAAGCUACCAUGACUGCAAUAGACCCAAUAAAAGGCAAGGCCAUUUGGCAUGAAGACAUGUCAGUUCUAGAACAAGGCUGGAACAACUAUGGUGUGCAAGGUCUGCCCGAUUUUGAUAAUGAUGGUGUGCGGGAAAUACUUCUACCCCAUGGAGGUAAUCCAUCUAUACCCCCUGAGGUCACCACUCGUGAAUCCGGGAGAUUGAUAAUGAUUUCUGGGAAAACUGGGAAAAUGUUGGGAAAAAAAUAUCUCAAGAUGCCUGAGGAUAAAGAACUGUAUAUGAGUCCUGUUAUACAUAGGAGACGUGACGGGUCACAGUAUAUACUGUUUGGUAGUGGUGGUGAAACAGUACCGGGAUCUCUUUUGGCUAUUUCUGUGCCAGAUUUUUACCGUUACGUGUUUGAACUUCCCGCAAAGGAAGAUGUACCCAACAUUGGAAAAGACAUAACAUAUGCUCCUUGGGGAGAGAUGACUCCCAAUGCAGAUGGCAUUAUUGAAAUAUACAGGAGCUCAAGCAAAGGUAUCAUGGUGCCCCCUGUCUUAGUUGAUUUGACCCACGAUGAAGUAAAAGACAUUGUGAUGUCAGGGUAUGAUGGAACCAUCACAGUAUUUAAUGGUGAAACCCUAGAACUAAUUUGGCGAGUGAAAUAUGCAGGUUAUGAGUCAUAUAGCUCUCCUGCGCCUGGGUUCUUUAAUGAUGACAGUGUGCUAGACUUGAUGGUAUAUCUCAGUCAAGGAACCUGGCCAGGCUAUAACCAUUCAUUGGCUGUUGUACUUGAUGGGAAAACAGGUGAAACCUUAUGGUCGCUAGUGACUACAAUGUAUGAGAUGUCCUCCCCACUUGCUCUACAUACAAAAUAUCCUAACAGAGAUGCCUAUGUAUUCAGAGUGCAGGGACGUCUUGGAAAAUAUGUCCCAGAUAUCAAUGGAGUAAUUCAUGGGAUACAACCUCAAAGAAUAAUCCACAGACGAAAAAAGUCUGUGCCUCAAAAAUACAACAACAAGAAGAACUACAAAGAUGAUAAAAUAACUAAAGAAGAAAUAAAUGACUUGUUAGAUAAUGAUAUAUUUUAUAAUACAAACAAAAAACAGUUUGAUGCAGUGCAACAGACAGGUUUUAGAGCAUCAUCUAUGCUGAGAAAAAGACAAGCGGAUGAUCUCUCACGUACUUAUCAGCCUGCCCCAUCAAAUCAGGAAUCUGAAAAUGUAAAUCAAGGACAAGAGUCUACCAGUAAUAAAGCUGAACAUCUACGAUGUACAGAUGACCUUCAAGUGUUUGACACUGAGAUAUUUAUAAUGGACCGCACCACAAUGUCAGCACCUAUACAAUUGUUCAGUAUGGGGGCCAACAAGUUAAACUAUACUAUAACUAAGGAUGACUGGAAGAAGAUAUCAGAAAAUAUUAAUCAUGAACGUGGCAAAGAUGGAGGUAGUUCACAACAGUCAUUGUACGAGGACAGGGAAGAGGCACAGGUCUGUGUUGUGCUGAAACCAACAGAAAUGUCAACUGGUGCUAUAGGGGAUCUAGAUGGGGAUGGGACAUUAGACAUGGUUGCUGUUUAUAAUCGUGCAGGGCAAAUAAGAGACCCUAAAACCGAAAGCUAUUUGGCUAUGAAAUUUACAAUAGCUAUAGCUAAGGUUAACCUCGAAGAUAAAGUCUCCAAGAAUAAAGCUAUAAAAGUUGAUGCUAAUAUUAAUAAAAAUUUACAUGCCUGGAGUACAGAACAGGGGUUAGAAAAAGUGAAGUUUUUGCCCCCUAGUGAGCAACCUUGGAUGGCAUAUAUGGGGAAUACGGGUGAUAGCAUAUAUUAACAAAGCCAUGUGGUGGAAUUUAAGUGGAAUGAGGUGAAGUCAAGUAAACAAGUGACUAUUAACAGAAACUUUGUAAAGUUAAGAAUUCGUAAAAUCCAUUUUUCUCUAACUGUGACGCCAUUAUAUUCAUGGUUACAACA